AUGGCGCCCCUCAGGCACAAACGCUCUAAGAGUGCCAUAGCACUUUCCCUUCUCCACCGUGACAAGUCAAGGGGCGAAGACAAGGAAGAAGACGACACUAGUUCGCUCGCCUCCGCCUCGUCGAACGGAACCUCGUUGAAACACACCCGCAGCAGCAGCCGCCACAACCGUCGCAAACAAGCCCAGGACUCGAGCCCACCCCCGGCUAUCCAAGAACACGCGGAGGAUAUGGAUACUGUGGAGGAGUUGCCCUCGCUCUCUCAGGUAGAGACCGGGAGCAUGUCUCUCGAACAGUCCGUUCGCACAUUCCGUCUGUUCGAAAUCCUCCGGAGCGGCGAUACUACUGCCAUCGCCAAGGCGAUCAAGGACACAGAUGACCCGCAGGGUGCCAGCGCUCUGAGCGGCACAACCGUUCUCCACCUGGCUCUGCAGUGUGCCGAACCCCAGGUCGUGGAGUACGUACUCUCUGCCGCGGAGGAAACGGACAUCAACGCAAGGGACCGGGAUGGCAACACACCCCUCCACAUUGCUGCUCAACUGGGCCGGGGUCCGCUGGUUCGCGAAUUGCUGAACCGACCGACCAUCAAUGAUUCCAUCGUCAACUACCGGGGUCAGACGGCGCUGGACUUGGCCCGUACCCCUGAAAUCUUCCAGCAGCUUCAGCUUGCGCGGUCUCUGUUCAUCGACAGCAAGAAUCAAGAAAUCCAGAAGUUGAUCGCAGAUGCCGAUUACAAGAACCUGGAAGCUUUAUUGGAAGAGCCUCGGGUAGAGGGUAUUAUGGAUGUGAAUAGCUACGAUCUCGUCACCGAGCGGACCACAUCCCAGUCUGGCGGCACUCUCCUGCACGAGGGUGCUAGGAAUAAAGAUGCGCAGCUUAUUGAAAUUCUUCUGACGCACGGAGCGGAUCCGUUCCGUCGCGACAAGAAGGGCAAGCUGCCGCAAGAUGUCACUAAAGAUGAUAAGACCCGAGCUCUUUUGAAGAGGUCCCCUGCAGCUGUUAUUGCGCAGCGAGGUAUCCAAGAAAAGGCCAUUCUUGGAAAUAGCGGUGCCCAGGGACUUGCCGGCCGCGUCUCGAUUGGCGAUGCGCCUCUGGCAGGGAAGGAUGCCCGAGAGAUGAGAGGUUAUCUCAAGAAGUGGACUAAUUACACAACUGGAUACAAGCUGCGCUGGUUUGUUCUGGAAGAUGGAGUUUUGAGUUAUUACAAGCAUCAGGGUGAGUGGAUAUCAACAAUGUAUCUGCUGAACGUGACUGACGUUUCUAUAGAUGAUGCGGGCUCUGCCUGCCGCGGUGCGAUCAACAUGAAGAUUGCCAGACUUAACAUGGAUGCUCAGGAUAAGACACGCUUUGAGAUUCACGGAAAGUCAUCGGUCAAGUACCACCUUAAAGCCAAUCACGUGGUUGAGGCAAAGCGGUGGUUCUGGUCCCUCAAUAACGCCAUUCAAUGGGCCAAGGAUGAAGCCAAAGAGGAAGAAAGACAGCGGUCAAAGAACGCGGAAGUGCUUCGCCAGGCUAAAAUUGAUCAGACUGAAGGUCGACCCGCAGACACACCUUCUGAAUCUGGGCUUUCUCAUAAGCCCAGCACCAAGGGCCUGGCCCCGCCAUCGUUGGGAGGUGCUAGUAGCUCCGGCACCAGACUGAGCACAUAUGCAUCCCGUACCACUCUUGAUAUUCCUGCUGGGGACGAAGACAGCUCUGCAUAUGGAGGGUCUUAUGACCAGAGUAACGCUCCCAACGAUAUGAACCGAGUGAUCAGUCAUGUCACAACCGCACCCGAAGGAGACGGCGAGGAAGAGGAGUUCAUCGACUAUGGCUCCAGCCAUGAGAAUGAUAUGCCUGCUGCUGAUAAGGACGCCUUGAACAUUACUGCGCAGUCCGCAAAGCUCCAACUGGAUCUUCUUGCAAAUGUCACCGCAUCUCUACAGGCAGAGAAGGCCAAGAACCCCGACAUGACUAUUACAGAUCCUGCACUCGAACAAGCUCUUGGCGCUUACGAGGCUGCGGUCAGUAGCCUCAAGGGCUUGGUGCAAAACCUGCUCAAGAUUUCCCGGGAUCGUGACUCUUACUGGCAGUCCCGUCUUGGCCGAGAAGAGUCUAUUCGCCAGAUGUGGGAAGAGAGCAUGGCGCGGGUCGCUCGUGAACACGAGGAACUUCAAUCCAAAAUGGGCGAGUCCGAGGAGAAGCGAAAGCGGACGAAGAAGGCUCUCAAGGAGGCUUUGGAGAGCGCAACUGGAAGCAGAGGUUCCAUUGGUGCUGUUCCAUCGCAAGUGCAAACAGAGAACCCAAGCCUCGAAGCCAGUCAAGUGGUUUUGGAAGCCGAGACUUCCGAGCCUGCUGAAGCAGAGAAACCUGCCCAACAACCACCCACCAAACCUGCACUCAGUCGCAAUGCUUCCACCUAUUCUGAAAUGAGCAGCCUUUGUGGCUCCGAAUCGGACGGUGAAGAAUUCUUCGAUGCUAUCGAUGCGGGCGAAAUCGAGGUAGAAGAUUUCAAUAAGGUCGAGGAGAACAAGCUGGAAGAGCCUAAGGAUGAAAGUGCUGAGCUUCGAGCUGUCAAGUCGACCGUCAUUGCGCCCUCUUUCAAGGGUUACGAGGAGCCAGUGCGACAGCGCCUCAAGAUGGAUGCCGAUGACCGUCCUAAGAUCUCUCUAUGGGGUAUCCUCAAAUCCAUGAUCGGAAAAGAUAUGACCAAAAUGACUCUCCCCGUAUCCUUCAACGAACCCACCUCGCUGCUUCAGCGUGUGGCCGAGGAUCUUGAGUACACAGACCUACUUGAUAUUGCAGCCGAUCGCACCGAUUCCAUGGAACGUCUUGUGUACGUCGCUUCUUAUGCUGCAAGUGAGUAUGCUUCGACAAUCGGUCGUGUGGCUAAGCCUUUCAACCCUCUUCUGGGUGAGACCUUCGAGUAUGUGCGCCCGGACAAGGGCUAUCGAUUCUUUGUGGAGCAGGUCAGCCACCACCCACCUAUCGGUGCUGCGUGGGCUGAGUCGCCUAAAUGGGACUACUGGGGUGAAUCUUCCCUCAAGUCUAAAUUCUACGGCAAGUCCUUCGACAUCAACCUGUUGGGUACAUGGUUCUUGAAGUUGCGCCCUUCAUCCGGUGGGGAGGAGCUUUACACCUGGAAGAAGGUUACUUCGUCGGUUAUCGGUAUCAUCACCGGUAACCCCACCGUUGAUAACUACGGUCUGAUGGAAAUUAAGAACUGGACUACUGGUGAGGUCUGCUACCUCGACUUCAAGCCGCGAGGAUGGAAGGCCUCCUCCGCCUACCAAGUGACAGGCAAGGUCGUCGACAGCGAAGGCUCCCCGAAAUGGAGUAUCGGUGGCCGCUGGAACGAUAAGAUCUACGCUCGCCACACUCCCGGCUUCGAGGCGCCAGUCUCCGGCCAGGACCCAGAGUCUGCCAAGACCUUCCUCGUCUGGCAGGCUCACGAGCGUCCCACCGGCGUGCCAUUCAACCUGACUCCCUUUGUCAUCACCCUCAACGCCCUUCCCGAGGGUCUUCAGCAAUGGCUUCCUCCCACAGAUACCCGACUGCGUCCCGACCAGCGCGCUAUGGAAGACGGCGAAUACACACUGGCCGCCGAUGAGAAGCACCGCGUGGAAGAGAAGCAGCGCUCUAGGCGUAGGGACCGCGAUACCAUGGGUGAGGUGUACUCACCGCAAUGGUUCGUUCGCGACCAGUGCCCUGUCACUGGUGAGGAGUUCUGGGCACAUAACGGGAAGUACUGGGAGUCGCGAGAUGCUCAGGAUUGGAGCAGAUCAGAGGAUAUCUUCUAA